AUGACUCGUGGAAACCAGCGGGAUACCGAUCGGGCCAAGGCCCAGAAGAAGGCCCAGGGUCAGGUUCGUCCUUUACCCCUCCCCAUCAUUCACAGUGAGACUGACCCAAAACAGAAGGGCAAGAACACCCAAUCGGGUACUCAGUUCCAGAAGACCAAGGAGGAUGCUGCCACCAUCAUGCGCGAGAAGCAGCGCAAAGCCGAUGAGAAAAAGGCUGCAGAGGCGGGAGGCCAAAAGAAAUAA